AUUACUUACCCAAAAAACGAAAAAAAAGAAGAUGAAAGUUUGGUCAUUGGGUGGCCUCAACCGAACUUCUUGUUCUCUCUCUAAAAUAUUCUCACCCUUUCUCUCUCUAAGUUAACAACCACCCACUCGCGAAAAAUUUGCUACCUUCUCUCUUUUUCUUUUUUUCUUUAGUCCUUUACAAAGGGGUGGAAAAUUUGAAUGUAAAAAACCAAGAAAUGAGAAGCGUUCCCUGUAAUCAACACCUUAAUAAUAAUGUCGCUCUUUUAAUGGCUGGCUUCUACAUUCCAAGUUCAAGACUAACGACUACUAUGUGCAAAUGCAUUUUCUCUGAAUUUAUCAAUUCUUGAUGUGGAUGAAGAGAACCCAGUAGAGAGAGACCCAAAGCUUAUCUUCUCUGCAGAAUUUGAGAAAGAGACCAAAACCCACUCCAUCUCUGCGAAAUCUCCCAAUGUGAACAACCCAACUGCAAAUGCCAUUCCAUCGCUGGGUUCUUUGGAGAUCUGAGAGCUCUGGGAAGCCAUGCGCAUUCCAAAGAAUUCCCUUUUCAUUUCUUCUCUCAUCAUUUGCUGGUACUCCUCCAACAUUGGAGUUCUUCUCCUCAACAAAUACCUUCUUAGCAACUACGGAUUCAGGUACCCAAUCUUCCUCACGAUGUGCCAUAUGGGUGCCUGUGCAUUAUUGAGCUACCUGAGCAUAGUUUGGCUAAAGAUGGUUCCUCUUCAGGCCAUUAAGUCAUGGACUCAAUUCCUCAAAAUUGGAGCUCUAAGUGUUGUGUUUUGUGGUUCGGUAGUUGGAGGAAACAUAUCUUUAAGGUUUUUGCCCGUCUCAUUUAACCAGGCAGUUGGGGCCACCACCCCAUUUUUUACUGCUCUCUUUGCGUAUCUCAUGACCUUCAAGAGAGAGGCAUGGCUCACUUAUGCAGCCCUUGUGCCCGUUGUUGCAGGCGUGGUUAUUGCAAGUGGGGGAGAGCCAAGCUUCCACUUGUACGGUUUUAUCAUGUGCAUUGGAGCAACAGCAGCAAGGGCUUUCAAGUCAGUCCUUCAGGGGAUAUUGUUGUCAUCAGAAGGGGAGAAGUUGAAUUCCAUGAACUUGUUGCUGUAUAUGUCACCUAUGGCAGUUUUGGUUUUGUUGCCUGCUGUUCUUGUCAUGGAAUCAAAUUUGGCAGAUGUCGUUCUUUCACUUGGAAAGGAUAGGUUUAUGUUUUUCCUUCUUUUGGUGAACUCUGCCAUGGCUUACUCAGUGAACUUGUCCAACUUCUUGGUGACAAAGCAUACCAGUCCUCUGACUCUCCAGUUUAUUUGAAGGCCCAUUGUCCAAGACAAUGUUCACUGAGGGAAUUCGACAAGGACAUCUAUAUGUGUCGAAUGAUGGAUCGAGGAAGCUCCCAUUGUUAGUCUCUUCAUUUCAAAUCAGCGAGGAUGUGAAUGUUUGACAUCACUAAGUCAUUGCAGUGUUGAUUCAAUCAGUAGGUUAUUUGAAGAGGGUUUAAUCCCAACAUUAUUUGAAAGAUAGAGAAUUUGUUUUUAUGUCACGUUUGUCAGUUGGGUAGACAUUCCCAAAUUCUCUUUUCCAAUUCUUACAAAAGAUCUUUCUUGCUUUUUGAAUUAAUUCAUUCCUAUGUAUGGGGAGCUACACCAGUUGAUUUUUCUUCUCAUACCAAAUAUUAUGUGAUCUUUGUCGUUGAUUUUUCGGGGUAUACUUGGAUUUAUUUCCUCCAGGAAAAAUCUCAAGUAUUCAAAACAUUUGUACAAUUUAAAAAUUUGUUGAGAACCAUUUUCAUAGACCAAUCUUUUUUUUGUUCAUAGUGAUGGGGGAGCUGAGUUCUCAUCUCAUGCAUUAAGAAUUACUUAAAGAAUAAUGAGGUAGAGCAACAAAUUUGUGUCUCUAUAGUCCACAAUCAAAUGGUGUAGUGGAACGAAGGCAUCACCAUAUUGGCAAGGUUUCCUUUUCCUUGAUGUACGCUCGUGGGAUAAAAAAAUAUUCACGUGCUGAAGCUUUUCACAUGACUGGUUAUGCCUACAUAGAUUGCCUUCUAAGUUUUGAAUGACCAAACUCCUUAUGAUGUGUUUUAUGAUAAGCCUGUUGAUUAUUCAUUUCUUUGAUCUUUUGGAUGUAAUGCUUUAUGUUUAUGUAGGUCAGAGUCAAAGGAAAAAACUUUCUUCUAAAGCAGAAGCAUGUGUUUUUUAUUGGAUAUUAAGACAGUUAUAAAUGCUAUUGCUAUUCUAGCCCUAGGAAUAAACGUGUCCGCAUCUCAAGAAAUGUUCCUUGAUGAAAAGAGGAUGUGCAAUCCACCUAAAACUAUUUUACAUGCAAGAUGAAAACAGGGCAAGUGAGGGCAUGGUUCGAGAUAAUUAGCAGGAUUCAGCUCGUCUGCCACCCCAUUCACCUCCCUAUAGACAUGAUUGUAGCCCAUGUCUUUCCAAGUAGAAGUUCCCAAGUUCCAUAAAUGGCUUACCUAACAGCUAAGGUAGGGAGGAGCCCUACAUUACCCCAACCACCCGACGAGUAACUGCCCCUUGAGGUGCUACGCUUUGCAGCUGGCCCGAUCCAAAGCAAUCCGGGUCUAUGUUUAUUUUCAACUCCUUAAAGCAUUUUGUCGCUUGCUACACCCUUCCUCCUCUUUGGGUGAAUACGUAUCUAUCAUAAGCCUUUCUUCAUUUCAACCUCGCCAUUAACGUUAGGUCUAUGCCAUCCUAACCUAAGGUGCUACUAGAAUGGAAGGAUCUUAUAAACAUCCAUGAAUGAGAAAUAUGUAUGCAAACUGAAAAUAUCUAUUUAUGGUGUAAAGCAAGCCUCUUCUACCUGAUUUCAAAGUUUUUAUCAUGCAAUAGAGGUCUAUGGUUCUAUGAGGACAACAAGGGA